GAUGUCUUUGCGAUCUCAUUUCAUGGAUGUGCUACGUGCUUCGAUCUAUGAUGCUCUGCACGACGCAGACUUUGACUAAUCGGUUAGUCAGUUCUGUAUGCCUGAUGAUGUGAUUGGCUAUACAUGGUGGCGGACGCAAGUCCGCAUGUCUCACUUGACCGAAGGGGUGGUUCCCCUGGACGAUGGCGCUUUGCCCACCGAGCCAGUGCUCGAGGACAGGCCUUUGGGUGGUUCGAAUCUUCAUCACACGGCACAGCAGCCGAAAGUACCUAAAGCGCGUUUGACGGGGAGGCGGGAGCUACAUUUUCAGGCAGCCUCGCAGACCGAGUAGACACAAUGAUCACAAUGAUAAUAAUGCUUGUGUCGGGAGCACUAGAUCCUCCUUCCGCGGUUCACUACUCAUCGAUAUCUGACUUGACAAGCCAUGAGCAGUACUCCGGACGGUUUUCGAAAUGCUCCAACUACGCGGGGCGGGUUCAUGCUCGUCUCGCUAUACUCGUGGAUGUGCAUAACAUGGAUGGCUCUGAUAAUGCGCCUAACGUUGGGCGUCGUCAUUCAUAGGGUUGGAUUUCAAAGAGACGAUGCGACAGCGCUGGUAGGAAGUAUCUUUUAUUUGGGAGUGGUAGUUAGCGGACAGUACGCCGUCAACGGGGGUCUAGGGAAAGACUUUUCGGAUGUGAACGGUGAGGAUGCUGUAUUGUUGUUUAAGGCCUUGUAUAUCGCAAAACUGUUGUCAGUCGUUGCGGCGGGGUUCGGCAAGCUUUCUUUCGCAUUCCUGAUCGCACGCGUUGUGCCCCAGACAAAAAAGGCGAAGACUGUGCUGUUUGGGAUUAUAGGAGCAUGGAGCAUGUUCUCUAUGUUUGCUACGGCUUUUCAGUGCGGCGUGCCGAAAGCAUGGAACGUCGAAUCUGUGUUCUGUAACGACAGCGGCAUGCUGUUGGCGGUGGUUAUGUUGAACAUAAUCUCUGACUUGGUCUUAACAGCAUGGAUCCUCCCAACACUCAAAGCUUUAGCGCUUGAUAGAACCAGUUACUGGACAGCAACGGUGCUAUUUGGUUGCCGAGCUUUAGUUCCAAUAGCAUCUUGCUUGCAGAUUUGGGUGGUAGCCCAAGGAAGGUCGGACAGCGACCUAGGCAAACAUGCUGUAGACGUUGCUGUCAUAAGCCACGCCGUGACAAGUUUAUCCCUCAUCACAGCCAGCAUCCCGCGAAUCAAGCGAAGUCUGGGGAUCGGUGGUAGUGGCAUUCUGUAUCCUUGCAUCCACGAGACAGAACUCUCCGCCUCACAGAGAGGAGUGAGCCGUCUGUCAACGACGGAUACAGAGUCGCGGCUCGUGCCCUCCGGAAACAGCAAAUUCUCGGUGGCGAUAACGUCCAAGGGAAACAAAUCAAAGACAACAACCCCGCACACGAAUUGGCAACACUUAGUUUCGAUGGGGUCCAAGGAAGACGAGCACACCAGUACUUCGAGCUUAUUCGACCGGAAUGAGCAUGGGGGUGUUAUGAUACAUCAGGAUUUUACUAUAGAAGUCGAGGAAGGGAGUCCUUCAAGUGCACAUUAA